AUGUCAGUAGAUCGAUUUUGCGUCCAUGUUUGGCUCGACCGCCAGAAGAUGAGUAUGAAGUAUAUUGCAUUGCUCACCAUCUUGACUGCACCAAGAUGUAUUCAUGCCGCUUCCAGCAAAACAAACGAAGGAUGUGGCGGCGGCACUGCCCUUUACGAUGCCCCAAGCUGGGCGUUGACGAAUAUCACCCGACGCAAGUUGACCCCGUUGGCUCUCAAACAAUCCUCCAGCUCUAAUGUGACCCCUCUAGGAAUUCCGAAUGACAAGGAAGUGUGGAUGAGAUUCGACAUACGCAGCCCAGAUCUUGACCCUCUGUACUGCUACAUGCUGGUCCAGGUCAAGGACGACGCAAAGCAUGCCUCAUUCUCCGAUCACAGGUGCGUUGGGAGCAAUUUCACCGUGUCCUGGGGUUACACUGAGGAGAACGAUGCAGGCAUCAUGACCAUUGUGAACCCGGGAAGGACCCGUCGUUGUUGGUUUGGAUGGAGAGGAGUCAAUGCACGAGAGAAACUUGACGACGUGGGGCCGAACGAGACAAAAGAAACGCCUCCGAUGUGA